AUGAAUGUCCAGCUGGGCUUGGAGAACACCGGGGACCUGUCGGCCCAGGAGCAGGAACUCAUGCAGAGUCAAGGCCGAGCCCUGCACGCCGCACUCCCCAGACCCUCGCUGGUGGCCUCGGUGCUGGAGGGCAGCGAGUACCACCGGGCUGAGCACCCCCUGGCCUCCUCGCUGCACCCCGGGCUGGGCUUUGGGGGUGACUCGCCCACAGGCAGCCCCAGCAGCUACACGACGCUGACGCCUCUGCAGCCGCUGCAUGAGAAGUUCCACCAUCAGCACCACCCGCACCAGUGCCUGCCUGUGGGCAACGUCAUUGGGAGCUUCACACUGAUGAGGGAGGAGCGGGGCCUGGGCUCAGGGGGCAACUUCUACAGCCCCUACCACAAGGAUCUGGGCAUGGGGCAGGGCCUUGGCUCCCUGCCUAGCCCCAACCUGCCACCCAUGCACAGCUACGCCCACUCGGCUGGACACUUGGGCGGCGAGAAGAUGGUGGGCGCCAAUGGCUUCGACGCCCACUCUGCCAUGUUUGCCCGCAUGGACCAGCCCUUCUCACGGGAGAUGUCACCUUCCCAGAGCUCGGCCCUGAGCUCCCCUGGCGGCAUCAGCCAGCCCCACUAUGGGCACCCCCGGGCAGACGCCAGCUCCCGGCCCAAUCCACCAUUGUCCACCCAGACGGCUGUACUGUCCAGCCAGCUGGAGGAGAUCAACACCAAGGAGGUGGCUCAGCGCAUCAUUGCCGAGCUCAAGCGCUACAGCAUCCCCCAGGCCAUCUUUGCCGAGCGGGUGCUGUGCCGAUCCCAGGGCACCUUGUCGGACCUUCUCAGGAACCCGAAACCCUGGAGUAAGCUCAAGUCUGGGCGGGAGACCUUCAAGAGGAUGUGGCGAUGGCUGCAAGAGCCCGAGUUCCAGCGGAUGGCUGCUCUAAGGUUAGAAGCCUGCAAGCGGAAAGAGCAAGAGCAAAGCAAGGCCGAGCGAAGCCACGCGCCUAAGCGACACCGCCUGGUCUUCACGGACAUCCAGCGCCGCACGCUGCACGCCAUCUUCCACGAGAACCAGCGCCCCUCCAAGGAACUGCAGCUCACCAUCGCCCAGCAGCUGGGCCUCGAGCUCUCCACCGUCAGCAACUUCUUCAUGAACGCCCGGCGCCGCAGCCUGGACAAGUGGAUGGAGGACGGCCGGACCCCCGCUGCACCCGCCCACGCCCCCGGCACCGCCGUGGCCUGCACCAAAGCAUGAUGGG